AGAGCUUCUCCUGUACUGAGUGCGGGAAGGGUUUUCAGUGUAAAUCCAAUCUUAAUAGGCAUAAAAGAUCUCACACCGGGAAAUGUUUUUCAGUCAAGUCCAAUCUUUACACACAUCAAAGAUCUCACAUGGGGGAGAAGCCACAUUCCUGCCCUGAGUGCGGGAAAUGUUUUUUGCAGAAGUCCGAUCUUUACACACAUCAGAGAACUCACACAGGAGAGAAGCCGUAUUCCUGUCCUGAGUUGUGGGAAAUGUUUUUCAAAGAAGUCCAGUCUUCACAGACAUCAGAGAUCUCACACGGGGGAGAAGCCGUAUUCCUGUUCUGAGUGCGGGAAAUGUUUUUCACAGAAGUUUGAUCUUUACACACAUCAGAGAUGUCACACAGGGGAGAAGCCGUAUUCCUGCCCUGAGUGCGGGAAACGUUUUUCAGUGAAAGUCCAAUCUUUCAAACAUCAGAGAUCUCACACAGGGGAGAAGCCACUUUCCUGUCCUGAGUGUGGAAAAUGUUUUUCAAAUAUGUCCUGUCUUCACAGACAUGAGAGAUCACACACGAGGGAGAAGCCAUAUUCCUGUUCUGAGUGCGGGACAUGUUUUUCACAGAAGUCCAAUCUUCACAGACAUCAGAGAUCUCACAUGGGGGAGAAGCCGUAUUCCUGUUCAGAGUGCGGAAAAUGUUUUUCAGAUAACUCUAAUCUUCACAAACAUCAGAGAUCUCACACAGGGGAGAAGCCGUAUUGCUGUCCUGAGUGUGGGAAAUGUUAUUCACUGAAGUCCCAUCUUUAUACACACCAGAGAUCCCACACAGGGGAGCAGACAUAUUCCUGUUCUGAGUGCGGGAAAUGUUUUGUAUACAAAUCAGAACUUGUUAUACAUCAGAGAUAUCACACGGGGGAGAAGCCGUAUUCUUGUCCUGAGUGCGGGAAGGGGUUCCGUUAUAAAUCCCAUCUUAAUGUGCAUAAAAGAUGUCACACAGGGGAGAAGCCGUAUUCCUGUCCUGAGUGUGGGAAAUGUUUUUCACAUAAGGGCAAUCUUGACACACAUCAGAGAUCUCACACGGGGGAGAAGCCGUAUUCCUGUCCUGAGUGUGGAAAAUGUUUUUCAGUGAAGACCAGUCUUUACAACCAUCAGAGAUCUCACACGGGGGAGAAGCCGUAUUCCUGCCCUGAGUGCGGGAAAUGUUUUUCACAUAAGUCACAUCUUGACACACAUCAGAGAACUCACACGGGGGAUAAGCCAUAUUCCUGCCCUGAGUGCGGGAAAUGUUUUUCACAGAAGUCCAGUCUUUACAAACAUCAGAGAUCUCACACAGGGGAGAAAUUCUAUUCCUGUCCUGAGUGUGGGAAAUGUUUUUCACAUAAGUCACAUCUUGGCACACAUCAGAGAUCGCACACGGGGGAGAAAACCGUAUUCCUGUUCUGA